CUUUAUACUCAGUUGUGCGGUUGUCUGGUGUGCGUUCGGGAAAACACAUUGUAUUUCAUUUUACAGCAGUUUUUAUUCCCGGCUACAUAAAAAAAGAUAUUUUUUCUAAUAUAAAGUAAUUAGGUGUUUCCAACUGUUUCAAAGUGAAAUUUUAAGUGUUGCAAGUGUUUUUUUGGUUGUUAUAAUAAAUAAAAAAUAAAAAUAAAUUAAAGAUGGAAGUUAAACGUUUGCCAUUCGCAGAAAAUUGCCAAAGACGGACUAGAAAUUCCAAUUCAAUGCAGUAUAAUGAAUGUAACAAAACAACAACAACAACAGCAAAUAACAAAGUAGAAAAAUGCCUUGCUACCAUGCCAAAUGAAAAAGUGAAAAACAAAGGAAAAUCAAUGAUGGCAUACCUACGACAAGCUGGCCUUAAGAUUGGCUCUCCUCACCCAACGAACACCUACCAUUACGACGCAUCACCGUUCACGACCCUAUUUUCCAAGUUCAAUAUCUUCCUCGAAUCCCUAGUACCGUUGCUAUUGUUGCAAAAAUAUCCAUUACGCGCUAGCACUCCCUUUGCCGUGAACGCAUUGAUUUUCCUAAUAUUUAGCAGUGCGUUCCAGUGCGGCACUUGUGCCGUUAACAGCGGUGAUUCAUUAGUAAAUCAACCACACACAAAUAUGGAUGAUCCAACAACUACCACAUGGUCGACGAAAAUAGUAAAUGGUUUGAAUAACAUGUACAUCAAUAGCCAAAUGCCGUAUGAUUAUAACAACAUGCCGUUGCUGAAAUCUGCAGAAUCCCAAAACAGAGACAGUUCACCAUUAAUCAUAACGGGAUUUCGUUUGGAAUCCUCCGGCCAUGAGGUAGAAUAUGACAAUGGCAUACCAAGUGUUAUGAGCGAAACCACAUUCACAGUGAGGAUAUUUGGCUCAGGCAUUAACGAGAAUACUGUGAUAGCUUUUACCACUGAUGUUAGGGAGGCGGGAACAUAUUGUCAAUAUCCGUCCACAUUGUUGCAUAAAGUGGUUAACGGUUCGAUAACCAAUAACACAGCCCUCUAUGAGGCUACAUUGCCAAAAUCGAAAAAUGAUUUUUACAUAUGCGCCAAGAACGAUGCCAAUGCGUUCAAGUAUGACGAUUAUCUAAAUCCACUUGUGCAUCAAUGCAAAGAAUCAUGGUGCAUAUUGCGAAGCCAUGAAAGUUUACUACCAUUAUGGGUUUCGAUACUUAUCAUUUUGAUAUGUUUAUGCUUUUCGGCUCUAUUUUCGGGGCUAAAUUUAGGUCUUAUGGCCUUAGAUCGUACUGAAUUGAAGAUUUUACGCAAUACUGGCUCGGAUAAGGAGCGUGAAUAUGCCAAGAAAAUCCAACCAGUCAGAGAUCAAGGUAAUUACCUGUUGUGCAGUAUCUUGUUGGGUAAUGUGUUGGUUAACUCGACAUUUACCAUUCUCUUGGAUGGGUUAACUUCCGGCCUAAUUGCUGUGGUGUUCUCUACCCUUGCCAUCGUUAUUUUUGGUGAAAUUACACCACAGGCCAUUUGUUCGCGCCAUGGUUUGGCUGUUGGUGCCAAGACGAUAUUGAUAACCAAAUUUAUAAUGGUGGUCACAUUUCCAUUGUCCUAUCCCACAUCGAAAAUAUUGGAUGUACUGUUGGGUGAAGAAAUCGGUAACGUUUACAAUCGUGAGCGUCUCAAGGAACUGGUCAAGGUUACCACUGGCAUUAAUGAUUUGGACAAAAACGAAGUCAACAUCAUAUCUGGGGCACUGGAAUUGCGCAAAAAAACUGUUGCCGAUGUUAUGACACAUAUCGAUGAUGCCUUUAUGUUGCCUCUCGAUGCAACUCUAGACUUUGAAACUGUCUCGGAAAUAAUGAAAUCUGGUUUCUCUCGCAUACCCGUUUACGAUGGCGAUCGCAGAAAUAUUAUCACCCUAUUGUACAUUAAAGAUUUGGCCUUUGUCGACCCCGAUGAUAAUACCCCACUGAAGACCCUGUGUGAAUUCUAUCAAAACCCCGUUCAUUUUGUAUUUGAAGACUAUACACUCGAUGUAAUGUUUAAUCAAUUUAAGGAUGGCACCAUUGGCCAUUUGGCAUUUGUCCAUCGGGUGAACAAUGAGGGCGAUGGUGAUCCAUUCUAUGAGACCAUUGGUUUAGUUACAUUGGAGGAUGUUAUAGAAGAAUUGAUUCAAGCUGAAAUCGUAGAUGAAACGGAUGUAUUUGUGGAUAAUCGCACUAAAGUUCGCCGUAAUCGUAAUAAAAAGCAAGAUUUCACAGUAUUUGCCGAGCGCAGAGAAAACCAAACAAUACACAUAUCGCCCCAACUAACAUUGGCCACGUAUCAAUUCCUGAGUACAUCUAUUGAUGCUUUCAAAAAGGAGGUCAUAUCCGAACAAAUAUUGCGCCGUUUAUUGAAUCAAGACAUAGUGCACAGCAUAAAGUGCAAGGGUAAAGAAAAAGAUGAUCCCAGCCUUUUCAUAUUUCAACAAAAUAAGGCUGUGGACUUUUUUGUUCUUAUCUUGGAGGGACGCGUUGAGGUUACGGUGGGCAAAGAGUCCUUGCUCUUCGAAAGUGGCCCAUUUACUUAUUUUGGUACACAAGCUUUGGUCCCCAAUGUGGUUGUGGAUUCACCCUCUCAAAUGGGUUCUUUGCAGUCCUUAACCUUGGACUCGAAAGUUCGACAAACAUUUGUACCCGACUACUCUGUACGAGCGGUUGCUGAUGUGGUUUAUAUCGCCAUUAAACGUAAUUUGUAUUUAACAGCCAAGAAGGCUACGCUAUUGGAGAAGUCACGUAAAUCCGGUGCAGAACCUAGUUGUGCCGAGUUUGAUGAUGAGGUGGAAAAGCUUUUACACUCAAUACAUGAAGAUGACCGGCCUCAUCAUAUAAGAAGCAAUCAUAGUAUGCGUAAAGGAUCAACGGCAGUGGGUAGUAAUACAGCCUCGCCAUCCUUCAAUGACUUCUCCUCCCAGCAUAGUCGUAGUAUAGUGGCAGCCGGCAAUCAAUUGAAUUCUGGCAGCAAUAGUGGCGAAAUCAACGAUGUUGUCUCAUUGAGCUCGUUGAUGACAUCGGAGGCAGCAGCCGCCGAUUUUCCUAAUGUAUCGCGCAGUAACAAUGGUGAUAACACUGCCGGUGCUGGCAAUGCCAACAGCAAUAGUGAAAAAGCCCACAACAAUGAUGUGGUCACAACACCAUUGUUACCUAAACCCCAUAAUGUGAAUAUAAAAUAACAGCAAGCACCACUUUAACAGUACCGGCUGCUGUUAAAAUCAAUUCCUAAGCUAUACGAUGUUGUAUUAAAAACUCCAAAAAACGAAAACUUAAAGAGAAACCAGUUAUGCACUUCAAACUUAAACUUCUUCUUCUUUUUAUUAUUAUUUAAUUUUUAAUAAUACAUCCCUCUAUAUAUUAUUAUUACAAAUUAUUAUUAUUAUUAUUAUCUACUUACUAAUUAGUAAUGUUAAAUCGAAAAGUUAUUAGAAAUAUUAUUUUAUUAAUUGUUUAAUGAAAAAAUCAAAAAGUGAAUGCAAAACACAAAAAUGUAAAACGUUAAAAGAAAAAUUAUCUUCGUGCGAAUGAAUAGUGAAAGAGAGAAAGAGUGUAUUGCAGCAAAGGCUAUCAAAACUAAGUCAACACAGGGGUUCUGAUUACUGUGAUUAUAAAAUUAUCUGAUUUUGAUAUAGCAAUCGAGUUAGUUUGUUGGUGUAUUCUCUUUUGGAUUUAUUAGCAAUUUUGAAUUUGGAAAAAAUUGCAUUUUAACUCUAAAAGGUUCUGCACUUGAAAAAAUUUAUUUCAGAAAAUUAAUUAAUCACAUUUACUUUUUAAUAGAACCAGGGACCUAAUUCUAGCAUCCAUUAUAGAGUGAGGUUUGGGUCGUAGAUUAAUUCCGUUGCUUAAAUACUAAAUAUAAGGUCUGUUCGCGUACUUUUUCAGUAAAAAUUUGCAGGAGAGUAAGAGCCAUUUUACUCUCUUUAAAAAAUUUGCAAGCAAAAGUAUGCGAACGACUUCCAGUGUAAAUUUGCAGAAAAACAGCUGAUUUUUGCUUGGUUGGGUUUUUAUUUGCUUGCUUGGAAAACAAUUUUUUUAAAAAUAAAAAAUGCUGGUGAUACUUGUUAGGUAAUUUUCUUAGAUAAACGUCAAUUUUUUGAGCCGAGAGUCACAAGGACAUCUAUCACAAAUUACCGUGAGUUCCCGAACACAGCUAUUGUCUUAAGAACAAAGUUAAUUUUUUUCCAAAUUAAUGGACCAAACAUUUAUUUUUUUUUUAAAUAAAUACUUCAAUGUCCUAUUUUCAUCUAAUUUAUUGAAAAUAUACGAAAAUUGGUUUUUUACGAUAGGUAAAUUUCUGCGGUCAAAAACUCACAAAAGAAAAACUCGAUCGUAAUAAAUUGAUAACGGAAGUGAAGUAAAGCUUUAAGAUACAUUGCACCCAUAGAGGGCGCAAUUUUCAUCCGAUUAGAUUUUGUACAAUGAUUUCUCUCCUGUAUUCCAACUGACUUUAAUUAAAUAGAAAAGCUUCAAACAUUAAUGCCCAUAUUCACAAAACUUUUUGUUGCUUUAAAGUAGUUUUAUUUGACGAAUUUCCUUUAUAGAACUGUCAAAUAAACCUACUUUAAAGCUGCAAUAAGUUUUGUGAAUAUGGUCAUAAAUCGAUUAUAUCAAUUAUAGUUUUCUCUUUUGCAUACAUUCGUAUGAGACGAAAAAAAUUUAGUUUUUUCAAAAAAUGUAUUUAUCAAAAAAAAAAAACAAAAAACUAAACUUUAAAGUACACACAAAGAAAGCAAUCCUAAGAAGACGAAAACAAAUCUUCCUUAUAUAAAAAAUUUAAUUUUUUUAUUUAAAAUCCAUGCGAUUACUUAAAACAAAAAUAUAUACAAAACUUUAUUAUGAAAGCCAGCAAACAAACAAAAGAAAUCUAAACAAAUCAAAAAAUUAAGUAAAUGUAAUAAUAUUACUUUUAAAUAUACAAAAAAAUACAUAGACAAAAACACACACUAACAAAAACAAGUUUUGUGUGGUACACAUUUAUAUGUUGAUUUUAGUUAUUAUAUAAUAUAAAUUACAAAAAAGUGAAAAUAUCUUAUUUCAAAUUAUACCUCAGUGCGUACAAGAAAAUUUAACAACAACAAAAGUAACAGUUUUUUAUAUAUAACUCUAAAAAAAAGAACAUAAAAAACAAGAGAAAUUAUUUCAAAUUUGUACGUUUGCUAGCCAACAAAAAUACUUAUAAUGUGUACUUAAGCAUAUAGAUACAUACAUACAAUCAUGUAUUACCCUUCCUCCUACUCCCUCCCUCCCCCACACAAAUAUGUUUCAAACAAUAAUGUUUAUUAAACUCCUAGUUUCUUUUGUUUUUUGUAUUAAUAUAUAGUUUUUCUUAUUAAAUUUUAUGUUUAAUUUUUCAUUA